AUGUCUGAUAGAUUUGUUAUUUGGGCGCCUUCGAUACAUAGUGAGCUGGCUGUCAAGUGUGGUUACUGUCAUGGUAAUAAAGAGGAGAACAGGGACCAACUGUUCGCAUUGGACUCAUGGGCCCAACAGUAUGUGGACGAAUUGGACGCUAUAGAGGUUAAUAAUUGCACAAUGGGCUCGUUCGUAGAGCAUAUGGACGUGGCCACAUACGACCGGUUGUGUAAUAUGGGGUUUAGACGGUCUGGCAAGUUUCUUUACAAAAUGGAUCCAUUGAGGAACUGUUGUAGGCUGUACACUAUCCGAACCACUCCGCAGGAACUGGUCAUGUCGAAGGAAUUGAGAAAAUGUGUUAGCCGGUUUGUUUCUAGGAUUACGGAUGAUGGGUCUCGCAUGGCUAUUGUUCCAGGCAAUGAUUUUGUUGGAAAAAUUGUCAAUGCAGAGUUGAACUCUACGAAGUUCCACACUAAGUUUGAACCUGCACUUUAUAGUGACGAGAAGUACCAGUUAUUUGUUAAGUACCAAGAAAGGGUUCAUCAGGAUUUCAAGAACUCGCCAAAGUCUUUUAAACGAUUCCUAUGUGACACGCCGUUUGGUCCUGAGUCCAUAUUGGGGACGCAAGAAUCGUGGGACCAGUUGAACAACUGGCAAUCCAUGAAACCGGGCGAGAAACUGAUGCAUAUGGGGCCUGUUCAUGAGUGUUACUACUACGAGGGUAAACUAAUUGCCAUCACGGUAUCGGAUAUCUUGCCCAGUGGGAUUUCCUCAGUGUAUUUUAUUUGGGAUCCAGAUUACAGUAAAUGGUCUCUGGGGAAGCUCAGCGCUCUACGUGACCUUGCUAUCAUUCAAAAGACAAACCUGAAAUACUACUAUCUAGGCUACUAUAUCCAGGACUGCCCUAAGAUGAACUACAAGGCAAGUUAUGGUGCUGAAGUAUUGGAUGUAUGCUGUGGAAAGUAUAUCCCAUUGAAACACAUUGAAAAUAUGAUUUCCAGAGGCAAUCUGUUUGUUCUGGGUGAAGAGGACGCUGAUCUUUCCAAAGAGUUAUACAUUGUUGACUCCGAUAAUGGGAAAGGAUCAAGUUUUGUUACUGAAAACGGUGCCAAGCAGAUGAAUAUCGCCGAAGAAGUAUACGGUGUGGAUGGAUGUGCAUUCAAAUCUGCAAACGAGUCUGUAUUGAAAUUGAAGGAGCUUUACGGCGUACCGUACGAAGAAGAAGAUUCGGAUACUAUCUAUUACCAGCAAGGACAACAUGACCAAGCUCCGCGUGGCAUCCCCAACGUUGUGCCCGGAUUGCUUCCGCUCUGGGAGUUGUUGGAUUUCAUGGAAUCUGGCAAAAUUACUGACUUGGAGGGAAGGCUAUUCUUGUUCGAAGUUGAAACGGAUGGGAUUCGCCCACUGAUAAAUUUCUACAGUGAAUCUCCCCCCGUUAAGAGACGCAUUUGCGAUGCGAUACGGUUAUUCGGCUUCGAAACUUGCAUGAAAUCUGUCAUUCUAUAUAGUGAGCAAAUGUGA